CCUUGGAGUAAUAUUGUUCUGUGAAAUAAAUAAAUGUGAAGCAGCAAAACUUACCAAAGGUUGCGUAUUCGUAUUUUGUAAAUAUUUUAGCCUAAAUAUGUGUUUGUUUUUUUAAUUAAAUUCAUUUAAAAUGGAUCAACCGCUUAGUCUAAAGCUGGCUUCUCUCUGCCUGAUAUCUCAGCACAAAUUGCAGAACAUCCUGUCUCAAUGUGGCGACAAGGUGGAUUUAAUCAUUGAUCCAUCGCUUAUUAAGCCUUUGGAGAGGAUUUGUGGUGUCGCCUGGCUUAGACAACAUGGAGUGGAUAAAAUAUACAAAAUGGAUCCGCAACUUGGUGCAACAGCAAACUUAAUCAGGGUUUACUUUAUUCCAGCAUGCAUACAGAAAUACAAAUGUGUUCUCGACCAGAUCUCAUCAGUAAUCAGCCACAACCCUUCGUUAGCUGAUGCUAAAUGCUUCAAUAUUAUUAUUGUACCAAAAGUAGUUAGUUCUUAUGAUUCAAUAUUAGAAAAUAGAGGCCUUUAUGACAUUGUUAAAUUGUACACUUUUGCAUGGGAAUUAAUGACCCUCGAUGACCAGCUUCUCAGUUUAGAACUACCUUUCCUGUACAAGCAGUUAUUUGUCGAGCAAAACCAUUCUUUAUUAUCAAGUAUUGCUAUGUCUUUAUGGAGUUUAUUCCAUGUCACGGGUAGACCUAAUUGUAUAUUGUCUUUGGGGAAAUUGUCUGCAAGCGUGUUGGAUAUAUUGGAAAUAUAUAAGGAGAGUUACUCACGAGAUUUUUUGGAUACAAAUUCUUCACAAGAAAUAGGCUCUCUGAUUAUAAUUGAUAGAGACCAAGAUUAUCCAUCCAGUUUGCUCACACCAGCAACAUACAGUGGGUUAUUGAGUGAAAUAUUCAACAUUACUUGUGGACAAGUAGAACUAAAUGUGAAAGAAACAAAACUAAAGAAAGGAAAACUAAAUUUGGUCAAUUCUGAAGCACCACAAUCUAAAAGUACAUCUGUGAUGCUAGACAGUUCCCUGGAUAAUUUGUAUGGAGAGAUUAAACAUAGGCAUUUCUCUGAAGUAUUAAGUGUAUUAAGUUCAAAAGCAAAGCUACUCAAAAAUGAGGAUAUCAAAGCUUUAGGAAUACAAGAGAUGAAACAUUUUGUAGCAACUAAAUUGCAGCAAGUAACUUUAUUUAAGCAGAAUCUAGUCAACCAUGUGAUGGCAAGUGAAACAAUAUUAUCAGAAAUGAACAAUAAGUUUGAGAACUUAACUUUAACAGAAAGUGAAAUGUUAAACAACAGGAAUAAGAAAUCUAACUUUACAUACAUAGAUGAAAUUUUCGGAACGGAUAUACACAUGUAUAACAGCUUACGUCUUAUGUGUUUGCUAAGUUUAACUCAAGGAUUAUCAUAUGAAGAAUACAACUUGUUAGUUAACAAAUAUUUACUAGCAUUUGGUUAUAAGUUCUUGUACAUUUUUAACAAUUUGGUUACAGCUGGAUUACUUGUACAACCUUUAAGUCCUAAACUAUCUUUGACUAACUUAGGUAAUUUUAGUGAGAGGUUACCUAAAUGGCAGAACGAAUUUCAGACUAUAGCUAACAAAUUGAAGCAAUUACCUUCAAAGUCCAAACAUGAUGGGACAUCCCCUAGUUAUGUAUUUAAUAGCGGAUAUGUUCCACUCGUAGCUGUAUUAUGUAAUGUGCUACUCACAUCAGAAUCCCUUCUAGAGGUUCUUAAAAAGCUAUCAGCACUUAGUGAACUAAAAGUGGGUGGUGCAGUAAUAGAAAGGUUAAAAGAGGGUUUUAAAUCUUUGGAUGAAAGCUUGUCCAAUCUAACUAUUAAUAGUGUUUUGGACUUUGGUUGUUGUAAUGCCAAAUCUUUGUUAAAGACAAUGAAAACUGAUAAUAAAUUGAAUAGAUUUUCUUUAAAGCCAAGAACUAUAUUGGUGUUUUUGAUUGGUGGAGUGACUUAUGCAGAGGUAGCUGCAUGUAACGUUAUUCAAACUGCAACAGGCAGCAAAAUCAUUAUAGCGAGUGAUUGUGUUGCAAGUGGAAGUGAUUUAAUGCUUGCAAAUACUUGAAAAAUUUAAGUAAUAAUUAUUAUUAAUUAAUUAUUGCACACACGCAAACAAAAUACAAAGAGAAACGAAAUAGAUAAAAAAAAUAAAAAAACUAGUCUAUUUGUGCUAAGGCAGACCGCCCAGUGUUAUUCAUAUUUAUAUUCAGUUUGUAUAAAAAGCUUAUUUAAAUAUAC